AUGAAAGCAGCCUGCCAGCUCUCUGAGAACAAAGACCUCGCCAGCAGUCCAGGGACGCAGUUCACCUUCAAGCCGCUGCCGCCUCCGCCGCCGCCCCCCCACGCCUGCACGUGUGCCCGCCCGGCGCCCCCGCAGUCCACGGAGGGGUCGCAGAGGAACACCCUCCCUGCGCGGUGCCAGCCGCUUGACCUGGCCGGCAAGACAGCUGAGGAGCUGGGCCAGCCGCAGAACAGCUGGGCUCUCAAUAGCAACAUCCCGCUAGAGACCAGGUGUGAGAUUGUUCUGGAAGCUCUCCUGGUCCUUCUUCAGUCUGCUGCUGCCGCUAACGCUGCUGAUGCUUCGUCCUGCAUAAGUAUAAAAAAAUUUCAAUUGAAAUUGUCUGAUUUUUAUGCCACGGUAGAACUGGUGAAGAUCCUGUUCUUUUCACACAUCACACUUAUUCAACUUUUUCCUCCCUGUUUCAGGCACUUUCUCUUCAAGCAUGGCUCUGGUUCGUCCACUCUCUUCCGUGCGGCCAGUCAGAACUACCCUCUGACCUCCAACACGGUGUACUCCCCGCCCCCACGGCCCCUACCCAGAAACACCCUCUCCAGGCCCCUGUUCUCCUUCAGCAAGCCGUACAAGUGCUGCAACUGGAAGUGUACGGCCCUCAGCGCCUCGGCCAUCACCGUCACCCUGGCCCUGCUGCUCACCUACGUCGUGGUAGUGCACCUGUUUGGUCUGACGUGGCACCUGCAGGCGAUGGACGCCCCCCUCUAUGAGAACGGCCUGAGUAAAGCAGACGGGGUCGAGGACAGACUGAGCAUCAGCUUCCCCCCCUUCCCUCCAGCCGGAGUCAACGCCACAGGCAGAGAUAAAGAGGUGUACCAGAGGGGCCGUGCCAUAGACCGAGGCGAGGUAGACAUCGGCAUGCAGCUGAUGCAGACCAUCCCUCCCGGUCUGUUCUGGAGGUUCCACAUUAAAGUCCACCACCCCGAGUACGUCCGCUUCAACGUGUCCCUCGCAAGCGACGCUCUCCUGGGCAUCUACGGAAGGAGGAACAUCCCUCCCACACACACACAGUUUGACUUUGUGAAACUACUGGAUGGCAGACAGCUCAUCCACAAAGAGCCCAGGACAUCAGAGGACCCGAAGCCUCCACUUCAGCACCUGUUCCUGGCCGCGCUGCAGGCGACAGGCUAUGUGGAGUACCUGGACGCUGGGACAUGGUACCUGGCCUUCUACAACGACGGGCGCAAGAUGGAGCAGGUGCUCGUCUUCACCACCUCCAUAGAAACGAUGGAUGGCUGUGACACUAACUGCAAUGGGAAUGGGGAGUGUGUGGCUGGCCACUGUCACUGCUUCACUGGGUUCCUGGGACCGGACUGCUCUAAAGACUCCUGCCCGGUGCUGUGCAGUGGGAAUGGGGACUAUGAGAAGGGCCACUGUGAGUGCCACUCUGGCUGGAAGGGCGCGGAGUGCGACGUGCAGGAGGAUCAGUGCAUCGACCCCACCUGCUCCAACCACGGCGAGUGCGUCAGCGGCAAAUGUUUGUGUGCGCCAGCCUUCAAGGGCAACAACUGUGAGCAAGUGGACUGUGAGGAUCCCCAGUGCUCCGGGCAUGGUGUGUGUGUGGGAGGAGAGUGCUUGUGCACCUCUGGAUGGGGAGGAGUGAACUGUGACACCCCCCUCCCCUCUUGUCAGGAGCAGUGCUCGGGCCACGGCGGCUACCAGCCCGACGCGGGAGUGUGUGUGUGUGAGAAGGGCUGGACAGGAACGGACUGUGCUACAGAGGAGUGUCCCACGCCCUGCAGCUCCCACAGUGUGUGCUCUGGUGGGCGGUGCCAGUGUGAGGAGGGGUGGGAGGGGCCUGCUUGUGAUAGACAGGCAUGUCAUCCAGUGUGCGAGGAACAUGGAGAGUGUAAGGGAGGCAGGUGUCUGUGCCACGCAGGCUGGGAGGGAGAACACUGCACCAUCGCACUUUACCUGGAUGUUGUUGUUAAAGAUGGGUGUCCAGGACUGUGCAAUGGAAAUGGCCGAUGCACAUUGGAGCAGAGCGGCUGGCAUUGUGUCUGUCAGCCUGGUUGGAGCGGCACGGGCUGCAACAUCGUCAUGGAAACGGAGUGCAGUGACAACAUGGACAACGACGGAGAUGGCCUCGUGGACUGCGUGGACCCAGACUGCUGCCAGCAGCAGGGCUGCGAGAGCGGGCCCCUCUGCCAGGGCGCCCCGGACCCCCUUGACCUGGUCCAGCACAGCCCCACGCCGUUCGUGCCCCGCGCCGCCCGGCAGUUCUUCGAGCACGUGCGCUUCCUGGUGGGCAGGGGCAGCACGCACAUCCUGCCCGGAGAGGUUCCGUACGACACCAGUCGUGUGUGCGUGAUCCGUGGGCAGGUGGCUGCGGCUGAUGGAACGGCUCUGGUGGGUGUGAACAUCACCUUCCAGAGGAGCCCGGAGUACGGCUACACCCUCAGCCGUCAGGACGGGAGUUUCGAUCUCCUGUCAGUGGGCGGGAUCUCCGUCACCCUUGUGUUCCAGCGGUCUCCGUUCCUGUCCCAGAGACGUACCGUGUGGCUGCCGUGGAACCAGUUUGUGGUUCUGGAGCGCGUGGUGAUGGACCGGGCCGAGCCCAAGGUGGCGGCGACGACGUGUGAGAGGAAGAGCCUGGCCAGCCCCUAUCCCAUCAUCCUCUCUUCCCCGCUCACGUGCUUCACUGGCACGUGUGAGGAGCGAGGACCCGCCGUCCCCGAGCUACAGGCGGUGCAGGAGGAGGUGUACAUCCCCGGGAGCUUUGUGAAGCUGAGCUAUCUGAGCACACGGGCGCCGGGCUACCGCUCCCUGCUGCGGGUGCUCCUCACCCCCGGCAGCCUCCCCCACGGCCUGGCCAAGGUGCACGUGGCCACCGCCGUCCAGGGACGCCUGCUCCAGAAGUGGUUCCCAGCCGCCCCCAACCUGGUCUACGUGCUCUCCUGGAACAAGACCAACGUCUACGGACAGCAAGUCACUGGCCUGGUGCAGGCACAGGUGUCCGUGGGAUAUGAAUAUGAAGAGUGUCCGGAUCUCAUUGUGUGGGAGAGGAGGUCAGCGCAGCUCCAAGGAUUUGAGAUGAUCGCCUCCAACCUGGGCGGCUGGUCUCUGGAUAAACACCACAUCCUUAACCUGGAGAGCGGCAUCCUGCACAAGGGGAACGGGGAGAACGUUUUCAUCUCCGAGCAGCCUCCGGUCAUCUCCACGGCGAUGGGGAUGGGCACGGUGCGGGCGAUCCCGUGCCCCAGCUGUAACGGCCCCGCCACCGGCCGCAACCUCUUUGCCCCAGUGGCGCUGGCCUGCGGCUCAGACGGCAGCGUCUACGUGGGAGACUUCAACUUCAUCAGAAGGAUCCUACCCAACGGCUUCACCAUCAGCAUCCUGGAGCUCCGGAAUCGAGACAUAAGGCACAGCACCAGCCCAGCUCACAAGUACUACCUAGCGAUGGACCCGCUGAACGAGGUGCUGUACGUGUCCGACACCAGCAGCCGCCGGGUCUACCGGCUGCGCACCCUCACCGAGCCCCGGGACCUGGCCCGCAACAUGGAGGUGGUGGCGGGCACCGGCGAGCAGUGCACCCCCUUCCACCAGAACGUCUGCGGAGAUGGAGGGAAAGCCGCAGACGCCUCCCUCAGCAACCCCAGAGGCAUUGCGGUGGACAAGCACGGCCUCAUCUAUUUUGUUGACGGGACGACCAUUCGAAAGAUCAACGAGAAAGGCGUGAUAACGACAGUGAUCGGCUCCAAUGGCCUGACGUCAACACAGCCGCUCAGCUGCGACUCGCAUAUGGACAUCAGUCAGGUGCGACUGGAGUGGCCCACGGACCUGUCUGUUAGCCCACUGGACAACUCCCUCUUUGUCCUGGACAACAACAUCGUCCUGCAGGUGACCGAGGCCAACCAGGCUCGAGUGGUUGCCGGACGACCCAUCCACUGCCAGGUUCCGGGCGUCGACCACCUGCUGGUGAGCAAGGCGGCGGUUCACUCGGCUCUGGAGGGGGCCAAGGCAAUCGCCGUGUCGCACCAGGGGACCCUGUUUAUCGCCGAAACGGAUGAGAGAAAGACCAGCCGCGUGCAGCAGGUCACCACCAACGGCGAGAUUUCCAUCAUCGCCGGGGCGACCAGCGAGUGUGACUGCAAGAUUGACCCCAGCUGUGAUUGUUUCUCCGGUGAUGGCGGCUAUGCCCGCGACGCCAAGUUGAAGUCACCUUCCUCUCUGGCCGUGUCCCCUAACGGCACCCUUUACAUCGCCGACCUGGGCAACGUGCGCAUCCGCACGGUCAGCAGCAACAGCCCGCGUCUGAACCGGAACCGCCAGUACGAGAUCAGCUCGGUGGUGGACCAGGAGCUGUACCUGUUCGACGCCAACGGGACGCACCUGCACACCCGCAGCCUGGUCACCGGCGACUACAUCUACAACUUCACCUACAGCCCCGAGGGCCACCUGACCGCGGUGACCGCCAGCAACGGGGGCUCGGUGCACGUGCGGCGCGACGCCAACGGCGUGCCCCUGUGGCUGCUGGUGCCCGGCGGGCAGGUGUACUGGCUCACGCUGAGCAGCACGGGCACGCUCAAGCGCGUCUCGGCUCUGGCCCACGAUUUGGCCCAGAUCAGUUACUACGGCAACACAGGCCUCCUUGCCACCGUAAGCAACGAGAACGCCUGGACAACAGUCUAUGAGUAUAACAGUGACGGCCACCUCAUCAAUGUCACCUUGCCAACGGGUGAGGUCAGUAGUUUCCAUGGUAACAUGGAGAAGUCGGUCAAGGUGGAGGCUGACACAUCGAGCAGCGAAAACUUCAUCACCGCAACCAACUACUCUGCAGCCAAUACCAUAUACAUGCUUCGCCAAGCUCACACUCAGAAUGUUUACCGAAUCAGUUCCGACGGUUCUCUCUGGGUGACGUUCUCCAGCGGGAUGGAGGUGACUCUGACCACGGAGCCCCACGUGGCGUCCGACGUUGCCUCGGGGGCACUGCCGGGCACCGUGCACCCCACAGUGGGCCGCUGCAACAUCACCCUGCCCGGGGAGCACAGCCACAGCCUGAUCGAGUGGCGCCAGAGGCGAGAGCAGGCCAAGGGAAACUACACGGCCUACGAACGCCGCCUACGGGCUCACAAUAGAAACGUGUUGUCCAUCGAUUUCAACCAAGCCACGCGCGUUGGGAAGAUUUACGACGACCACCGCAAAUUCACCCUCAGGAUUCAGUACGACCCGCUGGGGCGGCCGGUGCUCUGGUCCCCGAGCAAGUACAACCAGGUGAACGUGUCCUACACUCCGGCGGGGCUGGUGAGCAGCAUCCAGCGGGGCAACUGGACCGAGAAGCGGGACUAUGACAGUGGCAAACUCAUCUCCAGAACAUGGACCAAUGGCAAAAGCUGGGGCUACACAUACCUGGAGAAGUCAGUGAUGUUGCUGUUGCAUAGCCAGCGGCGGUACACGUUUGAGUACGAUCAGACGGACUACCUGCUCUCGGUGACCAUGCCAAGCAUGGUGCGCCACAACCUGCAGUCCACCCUGUCUGUGGGCUACUACAGGAACACCUACACCCCCCCAGACACUCCCACCGCCGCCCUCAUCCAGGACUACUCCCACGACGGCCGGCUCCUGCAGACACUCCACCUGGGCACAGGUAGACGCACCGUCUACAGGUACAACCGCAUGGCCCACUUGGCUGAGGUGCUGUACGACUCCACCCUGGUCACCUUCACCUAUGACGAGGCUGCAGGCGCCAUAAAGACCAUCCACCUGAUGCAGGACGGCUUCAUCUGCUCCAUCCGUUAUAAACAGACAGGUCCACUGGUCGGAAGGCAGAUUUUCCGAUUCAGUGAGGAGGGGCUGGUGAACGCUCGCUUUGACUACAGCUACAACAACUUCCGCGUCACCAGCAUGCAGGCCAUGAUCAACGAGACUCCGCUCCCCAUUGAUCUCUACCGCUACGUGGACGUGUCAGGACGCAUCGAGCAGUUUGGCAAAUUCAGCGUCAUCAACUACGACCUCAACCAGGUCAUCACCACACACGCCAUGAAGCACACCAAGAUCUCAAAUGCCAACGGGCAGGUGAUCGAGGUGCAGUAUGAGAUUCUGAAGGCCAUCGCCUACUGGAUGACUAUCCAGUACGACAGCAUGGGCCGCGUCACAGUCUGUGACAUCCGCAUCGGAGUGGACAACAACAUCACACGCUUCUCUUUUGAGUAUGAUGCUGACGGACAGCUUCAGGCGGUGUCUGUGAAUGAGCGGCCACAGUGGCGCUACAGCUACGACCUCAACGGCAACAUCAACCUCCUGAGUCACGGCAACAGCGCCCGCCUAACGCCCCUGCGCUACGACCUGCGCGACCGCAUCACACGCCUGGGCGAGAUCCAGUACCGCGUGGACGAAGACGGCUUCCUGCGCCAGCGCGGCAGCGUGCUCUUCCAGUACAACUCCAACGGGCUGCUGACGCGCGCGCUGGACCGCGACUCGCAGCGCAGCGUGUGGUUCCGCUACGACGGGCUCGGCAGGCGGGUGGCGCAGCGCACCAGCGACGGGCAGCAGCUGCAGUUCUUCUACGCCGACCUGACGGAGCCCACGCGCGUCACCCACCUCUACAACCUCUCCAGCUCGCAGAUCACCUCGCUCUACUACGACCUGCAGGGACACCUGAUCGCCAUGGAGAUGAGCAGCGGGGAGGAGUUCUACGUGGCCUGCGAUAACGCCGGGACGCCGCUGGCGGUCUUCAGCAGCCGCGGGCGCGUGGUGAAGGAGGUGCACUACACACCGUACGGGGACAUCUACCACGACUCCAACCCCACCUUCUCUCUGGUGUUGGGCUUCCAGGGCGGCCUGUACGACUCGCUGUCGCGCCUGGUGCACCUGGGCCACCGGGACUAUGACGUGGUGGCCGGACGCUGGACCACACCUAACCACCAGCUGUGGAAGGAGCUGAGCAUUGAGCCCAAACCCUUUAACCUCUAUGCCUUCAACAACAACUACCCCCUGGGAAAGCUCCAGGACAUCACCAGGUUCACCACAGAUUUGAGCAGCUGGCUGCAGCUCUUUGGCUUCCAGCUGCACAACGUGGUUCCUGGUUUCCCCAAGAAGGAGGUGGACAGCAUGGAGCAGACCUACGAGAUGAGGAGGACCCAGAGCAGGACGCGGGAGUGGGACCCCAGCAAGGUGGUUUUGGGUAUCCAGUGUGAGCUGCAGAAGCACCUACGGAACUUCAUCUCUCUGGACCGCCUUCCCAUGAGUCCGGCCAAUGGCAGGCUGAAAGGCCGGCAGGGCCGCCGCACCCGCUUCUCCGCCCUCUCCUCCAUCUUUGGCAAGGGUGUGAAGUUCGCCAUCCGGGACGGAAUGGUCUCCACGGAGAUCAUCGGCGUGGCCAGCGAGGACAGCCGGCGCGUGGCGGCUGUGCUGAACGGCGCCGUGUACCUGAGCGACGUGCAUUUCACCGUGGACGGCCGCGACACGCACUACUUCACCAAAGCCGGCCCCUUGGAGGCGGACCUGGGCGUGGUCGGGGGAGCCGGCGGGCCGGGUCUGGCGCUGGGUCAGGGCGGCGCGCGGGUGCUGGAGAACGGCGUCAACGUGUCCGUGUCCCAGAUGAGCGCUGUGCUGGCGGGCCGGACGCGGCGCUUCGCGGACAUCCAGCUGCAGCAGGCCGUGCUCAGCUUCAACGUGCGCUACGGGGCCACGCCGGACGAGGAGCGCGCACGCAUUCUGGAGAUCGUCCGGCAGCGGGCGGUGCAGGGGGCGUGGCUGAAGGAGCAGAGGCGUGUCCAGGAAGGGGACGGCGGCUCCAGGGCGUGGACGGACGGCGAGCGGCGGGAGCUGCUGUCGGAGGGCAGGGUGAGCGGCUACGAGGGGCUCUACGCCCUGCCCGUCGAGCAGCACCCUGAGCUGGCGGACAGUCCACACAACAUCCACUUCCUGCGGCUCACCGAAACGGGCCGCAGGUAACAGCGGCACCAAAGACGCAAGCACUUACAGUACAUACGCAGACACACGAAACUACAUUUUGACACAUGACAAUGUUUCUCUAAUGCUUUUCUAAAACAAAGACUGAAACAUAACUGCCUUUAAAUGUGACACAUGAUGGUAUUUUUUUUUUUCCGCAACUGUACCAUUCUUAUUUUUUAUUGUUUUUGGUUUGCCCCAAAAAUGAAUGGUUACUUUAAGGUGUGUAUUGUUUUGUAAGUGGCUUUUCUUCUUUGAGAACAACCCUAUUCUUCUCUGAAGACUGUGAUUCCCUUUUGAAAUGUAUUCUUUUUAAGUGGCUUUUCUUCUUCUCUGAAGACUGUGAUUCCCUUGCUGAAAUGUAUUUGUUUUUACACCAGUAUGGAAGAUUCUGAUUUUCACCUGAAUGGCUUUGAUAGGUUUUGCUGUGGUGUAUAGCCUGGGCCACAUAUUACUCUCAUAUCCCAUCAGAUUGGACUGAUUCCUCUGUGCAAUCAGUGGUACCAAAUUAGAAAUAGUGUGUAUGGGAAUGUGUGUGUGUGUGUAUGUAUAUAUGUGUGUGUGUGUGUUUGUGUGUGUGUGUGUGUGUGUGUGUGU